AUGAUGAUGGAGGGAGAUGCUAAAUGUGCAGUAACAACUACAAAUAUCAGAGAUGAGGUGGCCAGAGCAAUUUGCCUCAAUAAUCUUGCAAUUGGGUGUAUUGAUUUGUGCUCAUAUACUGGGGGUAAAGGGAUUGCAACACAUGUUGUGAAUCAAGUUGUUAAAGUUGCAUUCACUGAGUUUCCCCACUUGGAGAGGCUUCAAGCUCUGGUUGAUGUGGAAAAUGUUGGUUCUCAGAGGGUGCUGGACAAUGCUGGUUUUCAAAGGGAAAAGUAG